CUCACGAGUCUCGCGCUGGCUGCCUGGCCAGCUCGUUCAGUUCAUUCAACCGCCGCCACCAACGGUCGUUGGCUGGCUACGGCUCCUCGCCUCUUUCCCGGUUCCACCCGGCUCAGGGGGAGAAAAAUAAGCUUUAAAAUAUGAAUUACGUUGGACAGCUUGCUGGACUUCUGGUUACUGUGAAGGAAUUGUACAAAGGCAUUAAUCAAGCUACACUUUCAGGAUGCAUUGAUGUAAUUGUAGUUCGGCGACAAGAUGGUACAUACCUGUGCUCACCAUUCCAUGUACGAUUUGGAAAACUUGGUGUCUUACGUUCAAAAGAGAAAGUGAUUGAUAUUGAAAUUAAUGGAGAAGCAGUUGAUCUUCACAUGAAACUGGGUGAUAAUGGAGAAGCUUUCUUUGUACAGGAAACGGAAGAAAAAUUUGAAAACGUUCCAGCCCAUCUGGCAACAUCACCGAUACCUACAGAAGAUCAGUUCUUCAAGGAAAAUGAUGACAAUUUGAUGAAGUCAGGUGAAAGUAAAAAGAUAGGUUUAAGCUCAGAAGUUCCACAAAUUGUGGAAGCAGAGCCUUUUUUUUCCACUGGGUCAGUGAAGAAAAAGAAACGAAGAAAAAGAAAAUAUAAACAAGAUGUGAAGAAAGAAGAUCAGUUCUCUUCUCUUGGAACCCAGGAAAUCUUUGAAAUGGAAAUAAGUUCAGAUGAUGACAGAUGUAUUCAGCCUUUGAGAAGCCCUGUAGAUUCUCCACCAAAGGAUGAAGAGUAUAAAGAUACAUUGAUUUACCCUUCAAAGGAUGAUUACCCUUUAUCAGAUGGAGACUGGUCUGUUUUAGAGAACCGUUUUAGCCAGCCAACUUGUCCUAAAAGUGAUUCAGAACUGGAAGUUAAACCUACAGAGAACUUACUUAUUAGAGGAGAAUCUCACAUGGAAUGGACAUGGGGAGGCUUUCCUGCAUCUACCAAGAUAAGCAAGAAGGAAAAACUGGAACAUCCUAGAACAGCUACCAUCACUCCAUCAGAGAAGACUCAUUUUAGGGUUAUAUCCAGCAAUGAUACGAUUGAAGAUGAUAUUCUGGUGAAUGAUUCAGUUUGUACAGUUUUAAAACCUGAGCCAAGAACACAUCCGCUACUUAAAGAGCUAGAUCUUAAAGACAGACUUGCUUCUGCAGUAACAGAGCCUGUUCUGGAAAUCCUUGAGCAUUCUCCUACCUUAGAUUCUGAUACAUUCCCCAGCCCACUGGUGGAGUCACCAUCAGAAAUUAAGCCACCAACAAAACUUGACUCUCCAUCUAAGAAAAAAGGGAUACAUAAAAGAAGCCAGCACCAAGGCCCUGAUGACAUAUAUUUGGAUGAUCUGAAGGCUCUAGAACCUGAGGUUGCUGCUCUUUAUUUUCCCAAAAGUGACUCUGAUCCAGGUACUAGACAGUGGUUGGAGUCUGAUACUUUCUCUGGUUCCCAGUCUCCACAAUCAGUUGGAAGUGCUGCUGCAGACAGUGGUACAGACUGUAUGUCUGAUUCUGCAAUGGACUUGCCUGAUGUUACAUUAUCUCUUUGUGGAGGUCUUAGUGAAAAUGGAGAAAUAUCUAAAGAAAAAUUCAUGGAACACAUAAUUACUUAUCAUGAAUUUGCUGAAAAUCCAGGCCUUAUAGAUAAUCCUAACUUGGUAAUAAGGAUAUAUAACAGGUAUUAUAAUUGGGCAUUGGCUGCUCCCAUGAUUCUCAGCUUGCAGGUGUUCCAGAAAAGCUUACCACAGACAACAAUUGAAUCCUGGAUUAAAGACAAGAUGCCGAAGAAGUCUGGAAGGUGGUGGUUCUGGCGUAAAAAGGACAGUUUGAUUAAGCAGUUUCCAGAAACAAAGGAUGGGAAAUCUGAGGCUCCAAAAAAUGACCAAUCAACAACUAUAAAGGAACAAGUUGAAAGCCAGCCUCCAGAUGAUGAAUCUUCUAGUGAUGAUGAAGGUUCACAGGAAAUGAAAGAAUCCUUAAUAGUAGAUUCAAUGCCACUUGAACAUUCAAGCUCUGGGAACACUACUUAUAGAAAGUCACUUAGGUUGUCUUCAGAUCAAAUUGAGAAACUGAAGCUUAGAGAUGGACCAAAUGAUGUCGUGUUCAGCAUUACAACCCAGUAUCAAGGAACUUGCCGUUGUGCUGGGACAAUAUAUUUAUGGAACUGGAAUGACAAAAUAAUCAUUUCUGAUAUUGAUGGGACAAUAACCAAGUCUGAUGCUUUAGGACAGAUUCUACCACAGCUUGGCAAAGAUUGGACUCAUCAGGGUAUUGCAAAACUCUAUCAUUCUAUUAAUGAGAAUGGCUACAAGUUUCUGUACUGCUCUGCUCGUGCAAUUGGAAUGGCAGAUAUGACAAGAGGAUACUUACACUGGGUCAAUGAUAAAGGAACAAUUUUACCCAAGGGCCCUUUGAUGUUGUCACCUAGCAGCCUGUUUUCUGCUUUUCAUAGGGAAGUAAUAGAAAAGAAGCCAGAGAAAUUCAAAAUUGAAUGUUUAAAUGAUAUUAAGAACUUAUUUGCUCCAUGUGAACAGCCUUUUUAUGCUGCUUUUGGGAACAGACCCAAUGAUGUCUUUGCCUAUAUGCAAGUUGGAGUUCCAGACUGCAGAAUAUUCACAGUUAACCCAAAGGGUGAACUUAUCCAGGAACAAACAAAAGGAAUCAAGUCUUCGUAUUACAGAUUAAAUGAACUUGUGGAACAUUUGUUUCCACUACUUAAUAAAGAACAGAGUUCUGCUUUUUCGUGCCCAGAAUUCAGCUCCUUUUGCUAUUGGAGAGAACUGCUUCCUGAAGUGAAUAUGGAAGAUUUAGCUUAAACAUCAUUACUCACACAGACCUUUCUGGAGAGGUUUUUUUGGUACUGUAUGUCUUAUUAAAUGCAGGAAGAGCCAUUCGUUGAUACAAACCAAUGAAAUGCAAAGCUAUUUCCUUUGUUCUUUACUCAAGCUUACUGAUUUUUUAAGGUACUGGGAAAAUAACUGUUCUUCUGAAGUGGCAGAUUAUCAAGUGAAGAAAAUGGAGGAAUUUAGCUUUUCAUCUUCAAGUAUAUAUGAAACACAAAAAAUGUGGAACUCGUAGCAUUUACAUUUGGCCUGCUGUAAGAAUUCUGGGUAGUACUUAAAAUAGCAUUUAGACUGUUUUAGAUGCAACAACUGAGAAUCUCAUUCAGUCUCCAUAUGUGUCUUAAGAAUGUAGUGGUUAAUGGGUAAGGUACUUGAUUUUUUUACUUCUAGUCAAAAUAGAGAAAGCAGAAAUGCUAUUUUUAAUUUUGCUUAAAGAGGGUUUGCCUUUAGCAGUUUAAGUCAACACAGUGUGAAAGGGCUGCCUGAGCUUUGACUUGCAGCACUUUUUUCUUUUGUAAGCUACUAUGUGAGAUUAAAAGUCUACAGCAGUGUUUCUCAGCCUCAGCAACUUUAAGUUGAGUGGCUUUCAACUCCCAGAAUUGGCUGUGGAAGUUGCUGAGGCUGAGAAACACUGGUCUACAGAAUGGUAAGAACUUCUUUGCUGCAAAAUGGUGGUUGUUGCCAUUUCUUAAUUACAUUUAGUUUACAUAUGAAGGAAAACUUACUAGGCAACAUACACAGAAAAUAUUCAGGGACAAACUUGUUUUCUAAGUAAAAGGCAAUGCAUAUAGCCAAUUUUUAAAACGGACUACUAUUUUGCUUUUCAGAACCUCUGUACCUGGGUUUUUCAAUUUGAUAAAAAAAGGUGCAGGUCUGAAUUAUUUUGAAACAGCUAUAAAUGGCAGUUCUGUUUAAAUAUUUUAUAUUAGCUGCACAGUAAAUCUAAAAAUAAGUAAAGUUCUGGAUUAAGUAGCCAGUUCUCUUACGUUCUAUCACCUGUUUUUCACUGCUACACAUAUCUAUUAAGAGACAUGUCUAUAGGUAAUACAGCAAAUUUAGCAAGUUUUUACCCUUAUGUCCUAGCAAGGUAAUUUUAAAAAUUAUCUUUAAGUUUAGCUCAGAUUUUAAGAAUGGACAGACAUAAAUGCAGGCACCACUUGUGAGUGGGUGUUUUUUUCUGGACACCCUGAAACAUGUAGAUGUAUCAAAGCUGCUUAUUCUCUGCAGGUAUAAAUUACUAAACUGAACAUCAGGUUUGCUACUGAUUUGAGUUUAGGUUAAGUUGGUAGUAGUGUUUGGAAGGAGAUAUGGCUCUCAGUAAAAUUGGGCUAAGCAAGCUCUUUCACAGUGAUAGAGGGAAUAGCUUACUUUCUACUGAAUUUGCAUAGAAAAUAUAUCUGAGAAAAAGUAGAAAUUUCAAGGUCUGCCCCUUUUUUUUUACACUAUUAUACUUAGUGUACAGAUUCUUAACUCCAAUUAAAUAAACAGUGAUUGGGCUGCACUAUAGUAUAGUUGAAACAAAUCUAAUUGGAAGAUUAACAAAAUAAUAUUCUCAAUAUACAGUCAAUUAUAUAAUUCUGAUCAGUCACAGCCAAUUGUGCUGUAUCAAAUUCAUUAGUAUAUUCAUUUUCAUAUUUGAUAAAGCACUUUUCUAGAGUAAAGUUCAGUAAAACAUUCUCUAAAGUUAAAAGUUGUGGUAGUGUUUCUUCUACGUUGCAAAGGGCAAUGUGAUUUAUUUUGCAUUUCUGUAAUGGUUUAUAAGUUCAUUUUGAUAAAGUGAAUCCUUAAGGCCAUGAUAAGGUCAUCUAAAGUUAAUUUUUCUGUGAUAAAGUGGUUGGACUGGAAUAUUCAAAUAUUAUUUUUGAAUAUUGAGAAUUUCCAAAUUGUUUUUCAAAGAAUUCCAUUAUACAGUUAUAUGCACUCAGAAUUCUGCUCUUUGUUAAAUUUAAAUAGUGCUUGAGUCAUCCUGAUCCAAACAUUACUUUCAUUUGCAAUGAAUAUACAUUUCUUAACAUUGUGAUUGUUUAUUAUCUAUUGAACUGUUUCUGGAUAGCAUUAUCAAACAAUUACAUAUUAAGUUUGGAUUUUACCUCAGUGACUCUAGAGCUGAUCAGUGAUAAACUUUGUCUUAGUAUUCACUUUCUGAUAGAGCUCAUCUUAGAUCUGUUUCCUGG